AUGGCUCCGCAGGCCAGAUCUAAGCAGCCCGCCAGCGAUCAGUAUUAUCGGAAGAGUUCCCUUACUGAAUUUGAAACACCUCUGAUUAGCUACAAAGAAAUCACCCGGGCACAGGAUGACUGGGACGUGGAAGAAUUUAUCUCAAAAACCUGCAUGGGCAGGUUCCUGCACCAUUCCGCUUUCAAGAUUCUGUUAGCGACCGUUGUAAUUGGCAACGCCAUCGUCAUUGCUCUCCGAACGGAGCCAGUGCUAGAAGACAAAUACUUUGGCUUAUUCAAUGCCAUUGAUACGAUUGUGUUGUCUUUCCUGAUCUGUGAGGUCAUCCUCAACUGGUACUAUGGAUUCGCUUUGUACUGGAAGGAUGGCUGGAAUAUCAUCAACUUUUCUAUUGUGUUGUACCUAUGCAUUGGUUUGAUCAUUCCUGCAUUGGAGAAUGAGACACUUUUUCGAAUGGUCAGAGUCAUGAGGCUGAUACAGGUGUGUAGCUUGGUUAGUGGUUUGGCCCGGAUGAUACAGGUGAUCCUGCAGUCCAUUCCUGACAUGGCAAAUAUCAUGAUCCUACUUUUUGCCAUCAUGCUGGUCUUCUCUGUGUUUGGAGUGACUCUCUUUGGCACCCUUGUUCCAAAGCAUUUUGGGAACCUGGGAACGGCUCUGUAUUCUCUUUUCAUCUGCAUCACCCAGGAUGGAUGGAUUAAUAUUUAUAAUGACUUUGAAACUGAAGGCCUGGCCUUGGAGAUAGGUGGGGCCCUCUACUUCUUUAUCUUCAUCACCUUUGGGGCCUUCAUCUUUGCGAAUCUGCUGGUGGCUGUGGUGACGACCAACUUGGAGCAAUCGAUGACUGCGUAUCAAGAGAAGCAGCAGUUGAAAACUAAUUUCCCUUCCCUUGGAGGCUUCGCCGGAUUUGAAGAUGGCACCGAUGAUGACUUCCCCGCAUCCCAGUCAGAAGCGGUGCAUAUAAAGGAAGUAAUGCAGGCAACACCCAUGGUCCACCACCAGGAAUUGCUCAGCCUUGGCAAUUUGGGCGGCUUGAAUGAGACGACUUGUGAAGAUCUCUGCCUCGUCCUGGAAGCGAUCCACGAGAACUUAAAGGAGUAUCAGAUGAUCAGGGAUGAACUGGACAACAUAGUCCAGGAGGUGAGGUCCCUCAAAUUCAACGUCGAUCACGAGCAGGAGAUCGUUCUACGAAACAUCCGUGGGGCAAACAUUUCAGAAACGAUGAUUGCCAACCACACCAUUUUUGCAAAGACUGGCGAUGUUCUCUCAACUCUGAUAAACCUGGAGAAGUCACACUUAAUUGAUAGAGAGUACCAGAAAGGAGAAGUAAAAUCAGCAGCCAUGAGAGCCUUACGACUAGCCACACUGGAUGAAUCUGAAACAUCAGGCCGCCGACAAACUUUGCCUCCUCCCUCUAGAGAUUCUACAGAUCAAAUCCAGAAGUAUCCAGGCAGCACGUCUGGAAGUAGUGAAGACAAGAAACGAUCCAUCCUUGGCCCCGGCAGCUUUGGCCACGGCCGGGAAAGUCGCAGCAGCCCAGCCGGGAAUCCUCUGGAGCACUGCAAGUCGGAAGAAGCCCAUGCAAGGCGCUAG